CACACGAGACAGCCAGGGUAACAGGUGUGUAGGACGCUAUUUUAUUACUUACCUGCCGCAGGUGACUAUGGUAGAAGUCUAACAAACUAACUGACGAACUGAAGCGAAACAAGUCACAGUUGAUAAAAUGAAUAACCCAAUCCCGUCCAACAUGAAGUCCGAGGCGAAGAAAGCUGCCAAGAUCCUCAGAGAGUUUACUGAGAUCUCCAACCGCACUGGGCCUGACAAACUCAUCCCAGCCAAUAUAUUAGCCAAGUGUCAGGGCCUGGCCAUCAUCACAGUGAUCAAGGCAGGCUUCAUGAUCACAGCUCGAGGCGGCAGCGGUAUAGUCAUCGCUAGACUGGCUGACGGACGUUGGUCUGCUCCCUCUGCCAUUGGUAUAGCUGGUCUGGGCGGUGGCUUUGAGAUUGGAGUUGAGGUAUCAGACCUGGUGGUGAUUCUGAUGCAGCGCAGGGCGGUGGAUUCUUUCUCUAAAGGAGGGAACCUCACUCUGGGGGGCAACUGUACUGUGGCGGUAGGACCGAUGGGGAGGAACGUGGAGGCUGAUGUAGCGCUACGUAGUACAGCAGCAGUGUUUACCUACUGUAAGUCCAGAGGCCUGUUUGCUGGAGUCUCUCUGGAGGGAUCCUGCCUCAUAGAACGAAAAGACACCAACCGCAAGUUCUACUCCCAGGACAUCCGUGCGUCGGCCAUAUUGAAUGGAGAUGUAGAACCUCCCCCAGAAGCUGAUGACCUGUACUGUGUCCUGGAUAGCUACACAGAUAAAUACACUACUGAGUGGACAGCCAAACACCUAGCGCAGAAGGCCAGUGGUCCUCCAGCUAGACCCCGAGCUCCUGCCACACAGAGACCUGCUAGCACAUACAGGACGGAGGCAGUGAAGCCCUCCCUCUAUCCUAGCGUCUCUGCUUUCCAAUCUGUCAGCACAGAAUCCUAUAAGAGAAGUCCAAGUAGCACAAGGACAGUCCAAAACGAUUACGGUGGGGUCGGGCCGUGGGACGCGGGGCCUGUAGUCGUCACGGCGGUACACCCGUUCACAGGGCAACAGCCUGGCGACCUGAGCUUCAACCCUGGCGACCGCAUCACUGUGGUUACCAAGACAGAGUCACAGUAUGACUGGUGGGAGGGAACGCUGAACGGACGGACCGGAAUCUUCCCCGCUAACUUCGUCUCCUACCCCUGAACACACACACACAUACGCACACGCACAUAUUCACACUCAUACACACACUCUCACACACACAGGUCUGUCACACACAUGGACACUUGUAUUGCUGGGAGUAAUGUUUUCAACACACUACAUGGACACAUGAUGUCCCACACUCUCUUAACACGAACACUCUGCACAAUGUUCAAGACUCACUGACUCUGAUUACUACAGUUCAGGGGAAGGUCUUCCUAUAGGACGGUAUGGGUAGUCACGCUGUCCUCCUAUUGGAUGGUAUGGGUAGUCACGCUGUACUCCUGUCUCUAUCGGUAUGGGUAGUCACGCUGUCUUCCUAUAGGACGGUAUGGGUAGUCACGCUGUCUUCCUAUAGGACGGUAUGGGUAGUCACGCUGUCUUCCUAUAGGACGGUAUGGGUAGUCAUGCUGUCCUCCUAUAGGACGGUAUGGGUAGCCACGCUGUCUUCCUAUAGGACGGUAUGGGUAGCCACGCUGUCUUCCUAUAGGACGGUAUGGGUAGCCACGCUGUCUUCCUAUAGGACGGUAUGGGUAGCCACGCUGUCUUCCUAUAGGACGGUAUGGGUAGCCACGCUGUCCUCCUAUAGGACGGUAUGGGUAGCCACGCUGUCCUCCUAUAGGACGGUAUGGGUAGUCACGCUGUCCUCCUAUAGGACGGUAUGGGUAGCCACGCUGUCUUCCUAUAGGACGGUAUGGGUAGCCACGCUGUCUUCCUAUAGGACGGUAUGGGUAGCCACGCUGUCUUCCUAUAGGACGGUAUGGGUAGCCACGCUGUCUUCCUAUAGGACGGUAUGGGUAGCCACGCUGUCUUCCUAUAGGACGGUAUGGGUAGCCACGCUGUCUUCCUAUAGGACGGUAUGGGUAGCCACGCUGUCUUCCUAUAGGACGGUAUGGGUAGCCACGCUGUCUUCCUAUAGGACGGUAUGGGUAGCCCCGCUGUCCUCCUAUAGGACGGUAUGGGUAGCCACGCUGUCCUCCUAUAGGACGGUAUGGGUAGCCACGCUGUCCUCCUAUAGGACGGUAUGGGUAGCCACGCUGUCCUCUUAUAGGACGGUAUGGGUAGCCACGCUGUCCUCUUAUAGGACGGUAUGGGUAGCCACGCUGUCCUCUUAUAGGACGGUAUGGGUAGCCACGCUGUCCUCCUAUAGGACGGUAUGGGUAGUCACGCUGUCCUCCUAUAGGACGGUAUGGGUAGCCACGCUGUCUUCCUAUAGGACGGUAUGGGUAGUCACGCUGUCUUCCUGAAUUCCUGAAUUUGUCCAAUAGAAACUCUUGUUUUCAUUGCAAAAAUGUUUUUCUACAGUGUUUUGAUUAAUGAAUACACCCCCAGAUGUUACCAGCCAGCUCUGUUCACUUCUAGAGACCUGAACCACGCUGGAAAGGGUGAUGUAGAAAGACUAUAUCCGAGCCAGUGCAGUGCAGUUUGGGUCGGCAAGAUGGUGUGAAUAAGGUACCAGUUUUAGAGCAUUGAACAGAGGAAAGCUAAAGAAAAGUGAUCUUAUCACCGACGCUGCUACUCUGUUACACUGUUAUAUUCUCACUAUUUUAUAUGCUGUAUGUCAAGUCACAAAUUGGUUUGACAAGGGUGUUUGACAUAUAUUACAAUGAAGUCAAUAGAUUUUAUUUUUUUGUUUCUAUAAAAUGCAUUAUAGAUCAUCUGUGCCUGCGGGUUAUUUUAUGUUCUGAAGUUUCUGGGAUUAUGUGCAGUAUUUUUCUCCGUACUGCCGUUUUGUAUGAUGCUGGAUCAAAAGUAUUUAAUAUAAAAUCUGUUUUAUCUUAACAUCUGUAUGUAAUGAUCGUUUGUACGGAUUUCUCUCUGAAUGUGUGUGUGAAUAUGUAUUAAAGAAACUUGUCUGUAA